AUGGCUGCUAUAAACAAGCAAUGUAAUUUGCAUUUAUGCAAAAGCUUGCCGGAAAAUGAACCAGUUUAUACACUAAUGGCCAAGAGGUAUGAUACUUUUAUUGAAUAUACGAGGCGGUGGAGUACUUUGUGUAAAUAUCCAGAAAAGACGGUGGCUUUGGCGAACUCUAGAUAUUUAGAAUUGACAUUCGAACAGGCUGGUGAGUUGUAUUUUCACGAAUCGUUCUACAAAAGAUACACAGAUGAUUUAAAGUUGAAGCGUGCAAAAAGUGCAAUGGUCAGUAUACUUAAUAGAUUUAAUACUAUAGGCUGUACAUAUACAUUAAUCUUCUAAAUUAUUUCAAAUUAUUCGCUCAAAAAUAUUGUUGUUUGUUAACAAUUUAUGAAGGAAAGUACUCCCAAAGACCAUGGAUUUAAAAGAUUAAGAUCAUCGACCAACGAUUUAGCCCCUUCAGAAAAGAAAAGAUCAAAUGUUCUACCUUUGACUUGCAUCAUUUGCCAGAAACAGCUCAAGUGGGUCACUGUGGGUGGAAAGCAAGUUCAUGACAAAUUUUCCCAGGCAGAAACUGAGACAGCUGGUCAGUAAAAUUUUAUUAUCAUCAAUAUACUUAAUGUGUAAUUUUGUAUUGUGGAUUUAUAACAUUUUCUUGAGCCCCCAAGGGCACUGGUUUAAAUUUUGCAGCCAUCUCCUGUUAUGGGCAAAUUCAUGGCCCACCUCUGUUUGAUUGGAAUUCCCCAGAUGGCAAUUGCCAGGAGCGAUUACAAUGGUUGGCACUAAGCGGGAAACUUUUAAGUCUGAAGUUACCGUAAACCUCCGACUAUAAGCCCUGGGCUUAUAUACUUUUGUAAGCGAUUUUUGAUUGGCUUAUACAAUGGUGGGCUUAUAUACGGGGCUUAUACAUGGACAAUCUUUUGUGUUAGUAAUAAACAAGUCAGUCAUAAACAGGAAAAUAAACAUGUAUUAAGCAGCAAUUACUGGGCUUAUAUUAAUUCGGGGGGCUUAUAUUCGGGUGGGCUUAUAUUCCAGGGGGGGGCUUAUAUUUGGAAUGAGGUGAGCGUUAGUACAUGUGGUGGGCUUAUACACGGGGGCUUAUAGUCGGAGGUUUACGGUAUUUGCAUUUGCCAGUUUUCAUAAUAUAAAAAGAGUGUUUGACUACUGGGUGUAUAAAACAAAACCUUUUAGAAAUUUCGCUUUGUCUAACCUAUGUGCAUACAAUUAGAAGCUAUCUUGAAUUUCGAAUUGAAUAAGACUGUGAGUUUUUCUAUAGAUUCUGAUUUGUUAAGAUUUUAUUUUAUUGAUACACCCUGCAACACCAUAUGUGCUGCUCGCUUGUGUCAAAGUGCUAUUUUUAGGAAAGCUUCUCUAUGCAGCUGAACAAAGCAAGAUGAAAACAUUUUGAUGCACAUUCGUGACCGUGAUUGUAUUGCAAUAGAGGUUAAAUACCACAGAAGCUGUUUCAAACAAUAUUGCAGAGGAAUAACCUACAUGCAAGAAAGGUAUUAAUACAAAAUGCGAUGUGUACUUGCUAUAGGUGAAUGAAUUUUAAACCUGAAAGCUUUAUCAUCCUUUCUGCCAGGCUGUCAUUGAUGAUUAUUACUACAUACGUCUUGUACUACCAAACAUUGUUUACUUCAUUUCAUGGUAAUAAAUGGUGAUAAUCUUCAUUAAAAUACGUUCUGUACAUUUAUUUUCAGUCCUCAAGAUAAUAUUGAAUUGACCAACAAUGAUAUAUUCCAUUGUCUUUCAGCCAGUGAUGAAGAUUCAGAACCUAGCCUUUGUGAUAUAAGUGACAUGCCCAUCCACAAAACCGACAUGAAAAACAUUGAGCUGUACCAUACUGGCUUGGCUGUAAAGAAGAGUAUAGCAGAUCAAUCUGAUUGGAAUAUCAAUUGGCCACCUACUUCAGAAGUAAUCAGUCAAGAGGAAUGUGCUAAACUUGUGCCUGUAGAAUUAUUCAAUCUUUUAGCCCUGGUAAUAAUGCCACAGAAGAAGUUCCACCUUCUGACACCUUUGUGGAAGUGA